AUGCAAUUCCCUCCGUUCGCCCUGGGCGAUCGAGACUUGUAUGCGUCGCCCGCGUUGCCCUCAUCGUCCACGCGGGUCUUUCAACUGACUAUCUCCACGAUCUGCGACCGAAACGUGACCGGUACCCCCUACGAGCCCGAAGAUCUGGAAGACGCCCGUCGCAGUGAGGUAGCGGCUCUGGAGGCAUACUUUCGACGGCUUCGUAGCGAAGCGCAGGUCACGGAUUCCUGGGUGCGCAACUGCCUCCUCUUCAGUAACCGCGAAUAUAUUCUCGAGCAAACCAUCUCGAUCGAAGUGGGCCCCUCGCAGGGCGACCCCUGGCGCGCGGUCGUCUGGCUCGACAAUGGGACGGACCUCGCGCGAAGCGUCGAAGGACCCUGGAGUCCCCGUCCCAAUACCCGGUCCUGGGAGACCUUCUUCUAUCCCAUCAUCGUGCACCAGGCCAACAGCUCCAGUGGCACGCCUGCGCCCGUCCGCGGGCGCUCCUCCUCGUCAUCCUCGACGGUGCGGUCCUCGUCCGCACCCAGGCUGGAAGACCCGUCCAUCUCCCCGCCAGUCCCCAGCAACGCUGCAGCAGGCACAUCGUGGAAGGCGGCGCAGAAUAUCUGCCUGCUUCCCUUUUACUACGGGGCGAAACUGGACCGCGAGACCGCCACCCAGGACGCCGUCUACGCCCUCAGCGAGGUCUUCCAGUUCGCCGCGUCCUCCGAGCUCCAGUUCCUCAACUUCAUCCACAAGCGCAUCGAUCACGAGCUCUCGUUCAUCGGCCAACAUACCGUCAUCCGAAAUAACUCGGUCUCCCUGGUGAACCUCCGCUACAUCAAGAAACACCUGGACUCGCACGCUCAGCGCCUCGCGGAUGUUGUAACCAUCCUGCGCAACCGAGACUCGCUGGACUGGCCAUGUGCCCCCGGGUCGCAGAAAGCACAGCAUACAGCUCGUCUGCUCCUCACGGACUUCGAUUACCUCCUCGCCCGGGCGGAGGCCUUGGCCCGAGCGUGCGAGCACGGGAUGGACACGCUCGGGAACAGUUCCGUACUGGAGGAGGCGAGACGCUCGACGGAAAAUGCGGCGCGCGUUCACAAGCUGACGGUUAUCGCGACUAUUUUCAUUCCGCUGUCAUUUGCCUGUUCGCUAUGGGGGAUGAACUUCAAAGAGUUUGGUACUGGGAACCAGCCAUUGUGGCUAUUCCCCGUUACGGCCGCUCCGGUGCUCCUAGACUCAGGUAACCUAGCAUAG